ACACUUGAUUGACAGAUGUGUUUUUAUUUAUUUAUUUAUUUUCUCUCUCUGUCUUUUACAGAUGCGUUUGUGAACAGUCAGGAGUGGACGCUGAGUCGAUCGGUACCAGAGCUGAAAGUGGGCAUUGUGGGUAACCUGGCCAGUGGUAAGUCGGCGCUGGUCCACAGGUACCUGACAGGAACGUACGUCCAGGAAGAGUCCCCUGAAGCUGACGUGGAUGCAGGCGGACGCUUUAAGAAGGAGAUCGUGGUCGACGGUCAGAGUCACCUGCUGCUCAUCAGGGAUGAAGGGGGCCCCCCGGAGGCUCAGUUUGCGUUGUGGGUCGACGCCGUGAUCUUCGUCUUCAGUCUGGAGGAUGAGAUCAGCUUCCAGACCGUUUAUCACUACUUCAGCCGCCUCGCCAACUACAGGAACACCGCUGACCUGCCGCUGGUCCUGGUCGGCACGCAAGACGCCAUCAGCUCAGCCAACCCGAGGGUGAUCGACGACAGCCGAGCCAGAAAGCUCUCCAACGACCUCAAACGCUGCACCUACUACGAAACCUGCGCCACCUACGGCCUCAACGUGGAGCGGGUCUUCCAGGACG